AAAUUAUUCUACCGUGUUAGCAGUUUAGCACACAGUUUAUCUUCCUCAAAAUUUCCAAACGAAAUUCAAUUAAACUCAAAGAGACAGAUCAUCAUUGAUCAACCAAGCUAGGGUUUCUAAGUACUUGAAAACAUUAAUCAUCUCCUUGCUCAAAUUUAAUCAAAUUCAACCAAUUUUUUUUUUUUUUGACGGGAAUCAAAUUCAACCUAAUAUGCACUAUUUCCCACAAUUUUGGCUAGAAAUCGAUCAAAUUCAAGCGACAUUGUUGUAAUAUCAAUUUUCAAUGCUUUCUGGGAAUGCUCAACUUCGAUGUUUCUCUUCAUUUCCGCUUUUCGGACCAAAAUUUCAUCUUCUCUCGCCAUUUUUAAUGCCCAGGAUCAUCAAGGAGUUUGGCUUUCCAAGUACUCUGCCACUGCGGUGGUUGGAAUUGCAGUUGCAACUUUUCUAUGGAGGCAUGCCUGGAUAAGAUGGACAAAACAUCGCAGGAUCCAAGAUUUGCAUGACAUCAGUACCUCUGAGAGUGCAAGUCCGACUAGUGAAAAUUCCGAGCUGCACUGUUGCUGUGGGCUUCCAGCCAAAUUGAGGAUGUCAAAAACUUCGAGAAAUCCCUAUAGAUUAUUCUAUAACUGCCCCAAGAAUGUAUUUCAUCAUCAAUGUGAAUAUUUUCAUUGGUCUGAUGAGUUAUCAGCUAGUAUAGAAAGAAGUAGAACAGAAAUUAGUUUUCUUCGGAAUGAGUGUAUUCGGCUGCAUAAGAGAAUAGCAUAUGUUCAGUCUCGGCGAGAAAAUGAAAGAGCUUUGUGGGAGGUAGAAAGGUCAGAGCUAAGAUCAGAGGUAGCUUCAGUUCAAGCAGAGCUAGAUGAUAUAAAUAGUAGAGUUCAACCCUUGUACGAGUUAGAUAAUAUGCCUCCUUUAGAUGAAUCGUAUGCCAUGAAUGCGGAGAAUGAUGGAGCAAUAGAUAUAGAAAUUAUAUAGAAAAGGAGGAGAGCUCAACAUACUUGAUCAUCUUAGUGUUCUGCUUUGAUCAUCCAAGUACCCGAAACUGCUUCUGCCAUCGACCCUCUGAUUUUUGCAGAAAAAUGUAUUUGUAGUCUGAGUCUUUUAGCAAAGGGAAGCGUUUUAUCUUAAGGAGGGGUUAUGCAGUUUAAUGUAAAUAGCGCUAAUUUGCUUCACUUGUAAAAAAUCUUCACAAUACGUAGUACAUAUAUUUAAUUUAAUCUACUAAUCUACAUGGGCAGUCAAUUUGCCAUGUUUGUGUA